CAGGAAAGGCUUUUUAAAAAACUUCUCAAGAAUCGCCAGAAUAUCUAAAUAUUAUUCGACAACUAACCUACAUGUAACUGACAUAAUCUAAAGGGUCUGAAAAUUUGAGGGUAAGGUACUAGUGGUAAGUUACAACUUCUGUGAAAAAAGGUGAUGGUACCAUCUCUAGUUUCCGAGUCGAUAUACAUGUACAUGUAACUCUGCAAUUUUAGGCCUACCUUAUACUAUGUGAAUAAACAUCGGGUUCGGGGACAUCGAAGUCCCCUGUCCCGGGGUCUGAAAUUUUGAGGGUAGGAUACUAGUGGUCAGUUACCAAUUCUAUGAAAAAUUGGUGAUCAUUCCAUAUCUAGUUUCCGAGAUAUAAGCCUUGCAGUAAUACUACAUGAAUAAACAUCGGGUUCGUGAACAUCUAAUUUCCGAGAUGGCGAGGGCGGGAACUAGACUGUAAACAAACAUGACGAGUAGUGAAAAAGAGGACAGUUUGUCAUCGGAUAGUGAUGGCACUGAUACAGGUUCUUCAUCGUCAUUUCAACGGAGCAAACAUAGCAAAACAUUCCCGGGCAGAGCUUCUCAUUGGAGAUUAGAACAUCUCUUGGAACUGUCCGUUUUCUAUGAUGAAAAGGCCACGGAUCUUGGAAAAUUUAUGUCCGAUCUGAAAACUCUCAAAUCUGUUGCACAUGGGGGCCUGUCGGAAAUGCCAAGAAUCAGUCACACCAUUAUGCAGUACACAAAGGAGUUGUGGAAAUUUUCGUACGAUUAUUACAAGGAAACUGGGGAAGAGACGUGGGAAGCUAGAGAUCAGAUCGAAAGAGCAACAGAGGCCUUUGAAGAGAAAGAAAGUGAUAUGGAGGAGCAGGUGAAAGCGUUUGGAGGCAGUUGGAAAAGAUUAUUUUUUGGAUGGAAAAUCAAUCUGUUUGAGUCUUGGAGACACUUUUCCAUGCUUCUUCAGAGACUGGGUCAAGCAACACCAACAGAGGGAAGAUUUAAACAUCUUUUCAUGGCUUUCUCAAGAAUAUUUUUCCUUUCGCCAGAACCAGGGCAGGCUUUUAUUGAACACAUGGUCAUCAAGGAUGUUGUUGUGCGUGGUACACCAGCUGUUCGGUUCAAUACUUUUCAAGACAAGUAUUUAAAGGUGUUCAUCGUCACUGAGGUUAAAAUGUAUGAUGCCUUAAAAGGAAACUUUAACUCUGAGACUUUCACAUUUAGAAAUGUUGGGGAGGAAGUUCUAGGUCAGCAUGGAAUUGAACUCCUGAUGGAGAGAAAGGGCUCCUUUUUCUUCCCCUAUGUAGUCGGGAUUCUUUGUAUUGGAACACUAGUAAUUCUGACGUAUCUACGCAUUGAUGAGGAUCAUUUUCAUCAGAUUGAAGAAAAGGGAAAAGUUAAUAAAACCAGCAAGGCAACAAUAUCUUAUACUAGGCCAUUUGAUUUCAUGGACACGAGUGAUAGGCAGGAAAUCUUGGAAUCUUUUUUCUGGUUAGGAUAUGUCCAAUCAAAUGCCUACCAGUUUAAAUGGAGGUAGAAUUUAUUAAUUUUUCAUUCUUUCUUUGUAACUCAGGUAAUUGUUAUGACCCAUUGAGAAAUCUUUGGGGUUAUUUUAUGCAAUCAAACAAAUGUGUUCUUUGUUCAACUAAAUUGAUACUACAUGUAUGUAUUUAUGUUUUGUUACCAUUAGGUGCUCAUUUUCUUUUUUUAAAAAAUAUUCAUUUUGAUAUGUAUGUACAUAUAUUUUUUCUAAGUGCAAGGGUGGUUAAUAGGGAUUAAACAAUAUUUUUAAAAAUCAUUUGUUAUUUCCAUUUCAGUCGGAAUUAAAAAGUACAUGUAU